AUGCUCGCCAAUCGGGGCUAUGAAGCUGUGUCGAGCGAUGUCGGGGCUCUGGCAGCUUCAGAUGUCGCGCAGAAGAUUGAGCGCGGCAUCCAACGCUUCGCCGACAACAUCCCAUGGCUCAUGAAAAGUCUCGACGAGCUCGCGAAGAUCCAUCCCGCUGUUACAGUGGCUGUUCUGGCUUUCAAAGCCGUCUACUACCUGGAGUCGACGCGCCAGGAGAAUGACCAAAGGGUCAUGACCUUGUAUGUGACCAUGAAAGACAUGAUGGUCGCCAUGGUGCAACUCAAAGACAUAGAGAGCACCUCCCAUCGAGGGCUCGAUGGACAAACGAUCGAGGAUCGGCUGGAGGCGCUCUCGAAACAGACGGCGGCAGAUAUCAAAGCGUGCGCCAACUUGUGCGACACGUUCCUCAAGAAGCGCACCUUGGCGCGCGUCUUCAAAAGCCCUAUAUGGGCCGACAGGUUGGCAUACUGGGUCGAUGUCUUCACCGAGCGGAAGGGUGACUUCGAAUUCGCGCUCGCCAUGCAUUCCGCGACUACGGUGUCCGACGUGAAGCGCCAGAACUACGAGAUGAGCACGAAGUACUUCCAGGCGCUUUCCCCCCGCUGGCGACACAAGACUCACGUUUUGCCGCAGGCUGGACGUCAUCCUCGCGCUCUUCAACAAGUUCGCGCCUGA